CAAAACUCCAUCAUAAUUUUACAUUGAUCAUACUUCCAAAAAAUCAUAAAUUGAUACAGAUAUAUUGGUAUUCAUUAUUCAAACACAUAGCUCGAUACAAAAGUGCACAAUUUGUCCAGGAGCAGAAUGACGACGAUAGAGAUGAGAGUGCAUAUGGACUGCCCCGGAUGCGAGAGCAAGGUUAGAAGUACACUUCAGAAGCUAAAAGGUAUCGACAAUGUUGAGAUAGACAUGGCUCUGCAGAAGGUCACAGUGACCGGGUGGGCAGACCAAAAGAAAGUUCUCAAGACGGUUCGAAAAACUGGUCGAAGAGCGGAGCUCUGGCAAUUCCCCUUUAAUAAUUCAAAUUCAGACAACAGCGAUGUAUACAAUCAGAGUCAGUGUAAUGGUCCGAUUAAUAACUAUGCUCCCCAGCCUUCCUCAUCUUACAACUACUACAAGCACGGAUAUGACAGUGGUCCUUCUUCUAACUAUGGCUAUUCUCAGAACCCUGCACAUUCCUCCGUUUACGGGUAUCAACCUACGACGGCCUUCAGUGACGAAAACCCUAAUGCUUGUUCUGUAAUGUGAUCAUGGGCUAUACUCUUUAUUUUCAAUAAUAAGGAUCCAUUGAAGUAUGCAUUUAACGUACUUUUGAAUUUGAGUUGAAAAGUUGAAAUAAUACA